GCCGAGGAAUGGGGAGGGAGGAAUGGUGGCGGCGGCUGUUGCUGUCGGUGCUGCGGGCAGUCAACCGGCUGCUGCGGCAGCGGCGGCUCCACGGGGCCCUGGCGGCCGUCAAGGGAUUCCGCAAUGGGGUCGUGUAUGGAGCCAAAAUUCGAGCCCCGCAUGCACUUGUGAUGACAUUCCUGUUCAAGAGUGGAAGUCUGUUAGGCAAACUGAAGGCCAUCGGACAAGCCACGUACACUCAUUCCCGAAACCUGGCCAUAUUUGUCUUCCUCUAUAAGGGGCUGCUAGCAGCACAGCAGUGGCUGCAGGGUGAGAAGGUGCAGUUCCACUCGUUCUUGGCAGCUUGUGUCGGGGGCUGGUUUGUGUUUGGAGACAACAACCACAUCAACAGCCAGAUAAACAUGUAUCUGUUGUCACGAGUCCUCUUCGCUCUUUCACGACUGGCUGUCGAGAAAGGUUACAUCCCUGAGACAAAGCAAGACCCUUUCCCGCUGUUUGCCAUGUUCGUGUGGGGUGUUGUCCUGUGGCUGUUCGAGUACCAUCCACACACACUGCAACCAUCCCUCCAGUCCUCCAUGACCUACCUCUAUGAAGACAGCAAUAUCUGGCAUGAUAUAUCAGACUUUCUAGUUUAUAACAAAAGGAGCACUGAUAAAUGAGUGGACUUCUGCUUGGAGGAAAGCAACCUUUUAGCAGGAUGACAUUUCAAUUAAUUUUCUCUUCUGUCCUGAAGAUUUAACAACCAGUUUGACAUCGGCUCAUAGGAGCCCCUGACAGUUGGAUAGAUGUGUGUAAUGUUGGAAGCAUCCAGUCUGUAGGUAAAAACCAUUUGUCCCUCAAAACGUGAACUAAGCACAACUUCCUUAUCCUUAAUUUAAUAUGGUUCUGCUGGAGGACUCCAGCUAGCCUGGGAACCACUGCUGCUAUGUUUGAGCAAGAGCUGUGGCUGAGGUUUAUUUCUGCCAGCUCGACUCUCCUUAACACUGCUUUAUGAAUCAGUCAUCACCAACCGUGAUCACUCGAUCAGAUGGGCUUACUUUUAUGUUUGCUUAUCUCCAAAUCCAUCUUGGAACACCUGGGCCUAUGAGAGGCUGACAAGUUGAUGGGGUGGGAAGAGUGAAGAAGAACCUCAUUGGGCUCACAAACCUGCUGCUGUUUAAAAAAACUGAACCUUUUGUCAUUUGGAAGAGAGAAAAUGGUCCCCCUUCACUGAAGGAGUAGAAAGAACAAAUUGAUUACCAAUUAGUGCAUUAAUCCUUGUAAUCGAUUCAGGGCUUUUGUCGAAUGCCGCAUAAUUCCUGCUCUCUUAUAUUCUUGCCAUUUAAAUACACUGCCAGCAUUCCAUAUGCCUUUUUCUCUGAAGUAGAUAAAGUUUUAAUGAUCCAUUGGAAACUUCAGUUUAUUCGUAACUCUGCAAACUGUGCCCUAACUUGUGCCAAGUCUUGUUUCCCCUAUGACCUCUGCUGCUCGCUGACCUGCAUUGGCUCAGUCUUGAUUUAAAAUUCUCAUCCUAGUUUUCCAAUCCUUCCAAAGCCUUGUCCCUCCUUUUUUCCAUAAUCUUGUCCAGCUCAAAGCCCUCCAAAAUAUCUGCGCUCAUCUAAUUCUCCCCUCCUAAGCAUCCUCAAUUUUAAUCACUAUGUCAUUGGUGGUUGAACUUAGCUUUCCUGGUCCCAAGCUCUGCAUUGUGCUCCCCAUACCUCUCCACCCCCCUCUUCGUUUAGGAAAGUUCCAUAAAAACCUACUUCUUUGAUCAAGGUUUGGAUCAUUUGAUGUAAUCUCUUCUUAUGUGGCUUAGCAUCAUGUAUUUUGUAAUGCUUCUGUGAAGUGCUUAGGGACGUUUUAAAGGUUAAAGGUCUUUAAUUAAUA